CCUGGACGGAAGUCUGCUGACACCAGUUCAAUCCUCGAAGCUGCUUUCGUCGAGAUUGAGCAAUCAUUCCUCGAGCUCUCAGGGUCAACAUCAAUUCCCGUACAGCAAGUCAUCAACUGGUUUUUGAAAAGUCGAGGUCGGACGACAGUCAGCACUAACUUCUGGAAUCUAUACGCUCGCAGUUACUUCAAGGAUCACACAGAGCAAGAACUUGCACGAGUUGGACUUAAGCUUCCGGCAGAUGGAGGCUCUCCGGGUAUGUCGAUUCGGACGAAAUGCUAUGACCUCUUCAAAGAGGCUUUUCCAGACACAUACAAAGAUAUUCUCUCCGUCCACGAUGAGGUAACGAUCCUAUCCGCCACCCCUCAAACAGUCUCUCAGCGUGGACAAGAGUUUCAAAAAUACUACCGAAGGAUG